CAGGAGAUACACAGUGCUACCGCUUGCCCCCAGUACCCAAGCCAAUCACUCGGAAGCGUCGCGUCCCCGUGGCGUACUACAUGAACACGUGCACAGCCAGCUACACCAUGUGGCAGUGGGACUGGGAGCGGUGGGAGACGGAGAUUGACUGGAUGGCCCUGAAGGGUAUCAACCUGCCACUGGCGUUUACAGGACAGGAGUACGUGUGGCGUCGGGUGUACCAGCGUCACUUCAAUGUGAGUGAUGCUGAGCUGAGCGAAUGGUUCAGUGGCCCCGCAUUCUUGGCUUGGUUCAGGAUGGGCAAUCUGCAGAAGUGGGGAGGCCCUUUACCUCAGAGGUGGAUAGAUGACCAACACCGUUUGCAGAAGCGCAUCCUGCAGCGUAUGUUGUCCUUGGGCAUCACACCGGUCCUGCCCGCCUUUGCUGGUCAUGUGCCACAGGCUUUGACUCGACUUCUCCCCGAUGCAAAGUAUUCACGAGUAGCGGCCGGAUGGGGUGGCAUGAACAGCACAUAUGUGAGCACGGUGUUCUUGGAUGUCAAUGACAAGCUGUAUCAGGACCUCGGACGGCUCUUCAUCAAGACUAUAUAA